AUGUCGGACUCUAUCAGGAACAUCAGUAGUGAUGAUGCAGGGGCGUCGGAGUGGUUUCUGGAAUUGGACGACGAGAUCAGGGCUCCGUUGUCGGAGCCCCGUCAACAGCACAACAGCAAUUGGGACACCGACUCGGGCUACGAGCCUUCCCCGGCCUAUUUCGCUAACGAACGCAGAUUCGAAUACCCUCCCAUCGAGGACGUCGACGAGGAAGGGGACGACGAGGAGGACCUUCUCGACGAUGUGUUCAUCGACAGCGCUACCGGUUUCCAGGAAUUGCCUUCGACCCCCCGAUCGUACGCUAUCCCGAUCCCCGCACGGAAACCCUCGACUCCAAGCGAUGAUAUCCGUGAUCAGGAUGACUUCUCACUUGUGAGCAGACCCCACAGUUGUCCGCCUAGAGAUCCGGAAUUCGAGCUGGAUCACGACGAUUUCCUGGACUCUGGCGAAGAGCUCGAUACACUCGUGGAAAAGCUACAGGCUCGCGUCUCGGUUUCCACUCAGACCGACUGGAUGUUCGACGAGGAACUCGCCGGCCUCGCGGCACGCUCCACCAACCCGAACGUUCCGGAUGUAGUUCCACGUCGUUUGCCCAGAAGUCUGCCCAGGAGAGCCGCUUCCUUCAAUGGAGUGGAUUUCCUAACCAUUGGAUACGAGCUACGGAGGCUUUCGGACCGUUGGGAAGACGCUCGCCGACAGAAGAGAGCUCUGGAGAAUCCGAACACGUUCAUGGAUUUCGUCUACAACGCUAUCUCAACGAACAGGGACCGCAGAAGACCGCGAAUUCCUCCAACGUUCGUGCGGUAGGAACUCUCCCCGAGGAAGGCUUUCCGUACGGAUCGGGACAAUCGCUGCGGAGCCGCCGCUGUCGGAAGCAACUCCUUCUCUGUCGAAUACGAGAGCCCACAUAUUGUACAUUGUAAUAUCAUUUCCAUUGUUUUCAUGGCAUUAAUGUGCGGGAUUUUUCUUUAAUGAGAGGACGCUGUGUCGCUACUGCUCGGACGGCAGACGAGAGAAGCGCACC